AUGCGCGUUGUUUUCGCAUUUGAGGCAUUCGACUUACUGUUGAAACGUACCAUUUUUUUCUUUCCUGACUGCCAGGGUGGUCGGCGCGUCAUCAGUUGCCAUGGUACUGGCCCAACCUACCCCCAAAAGGGUUUGAAGCCGUCAGCUAGCGGAGCGGCUCUCUGUAAACCGGAAGCUGUGGACGAGGAGCCUAUCAUAGCAGAACAGACCCACUUAAGCACCCCACAGGACAGAAAAGGAGGAGAAGAAGCAGAGUCUAAGCCUGAUGCCCAUAAACAGGAAGGUGAUCAACGUGAAAUAAUCGACUGUAAGUCGGGGGCGUAG